AUGACGGCCAAUUCGAACCGGUUCUCCACGUAUACGAGUACCUCAGUCGGUACCGGUUCGGAGGGAAAGAAGGAUGACCAAAAAAAGGACAUGUGGAGCUCUAUGCUCGACUCCGUCGCCAGCGGCAAGAGGUUACCUGAAAAGAACUUAUUGGUUCUUGGGGGUUCCGUAGAUUCGCAACGAGACUUCCUUGAAGCCCUAUCGAGUAACGACGGCCGGAAAGGUAUAGAUCGGAAUAGUCAAAAGAUCCCCCCAAUAGCCAAUAGUUUUGCCCUUGGAUAUACAUAUUACAACGUCUUAGACGCAGAUCAGGAGGACUUUCUAGCACGCAUAUCCCUUUACCUCCUUACUAGUCCAUCUCCUUCCUUUACUGAGCUCAUUAAACCACUUUUGACUCCGCAAUCGAUUGCAAAUACAUUAAUAGUAAUACUGCUCGACUGGUCCCAACCUUGGCUAUGGAUGCGACAACUUCGAGAGUGGUUGUUGCUGUUGCGAACCGUCAUAAUGUCCCUUAGUUCUGAGUGCAAGGAAACGAUGGAGGAGGUAAUGAUCGGCUGGAGAGACCGUGGGCGAACAGGUGGAUCCGUGAAUCUAGAUGGCACCGGCGCAGUUGCGGCAGAAGGGGACGUCGCACUACCGCUCGGGCCAGGAGAGUGGGAAGACGCUCUGGGCUUACCACUCUGCGUUGUAUGCCAGAAUUCUGAAAGAAUAGACUACUUGGAAAAGACACAAGCGUGGAAAGAGGAGAAGUUCGAUCUCGUGCUUCAAUAUCUAAGAACGGUGUUAUUAAGACACGGUGCUUCUCUUAUUUACACAACACCAUCGAUGGCCUCGCCGCUGCAAAGUCUUAUUCACGCUAGUCUUGGAAUCCAUUCGUUACUGAAGCGCGGCUCCUUGAAAGCUAACGUCAUUGACCGAGACAAGAUUGUAGUACCCCCUAACUGGGACUCCUGGGGUAAAAUUCGAGUAUUACGGGAUGGUUUCGACGUGGAAACGGUUAGCGAAGGUUGGUCGAUAGACCUCGACCAACCUUUUCCCACGACAAAGACCAACGAUGCCAACCACCAAGUAGGUGGUGACACAAGCGAAAUGGGCGAGCCCGAAGGAUCUUCCGUUGCACUCUACGAAGAACAAGUCCAAGACACAAGUCUAGAUGCCUUACAAUUAGCUCAGGGGAACCAAGAUACGAGCAAACUGGAAGUACCCUCAGUCGACACGCAAGCCUUCCUUGCCAGUCAGUUAGAGCGACUUGAUCAACAGAAAAAGAUAGAUGAGAAGACUGGUAAAGUUAACAACAACACAUUCGCACGAGAAAACCCCGAUGAAAUGAUCAGCGAUCAUAUUGGUCCCGUGCAGUUUAAUAUGGGUGGUAUUCAAGUGGAUGCCGACGAUAUGGUACAACGGCUUAAGGACCGUCAAGCCUACGGACAAUCCCCCGAACCCCGCCCGGACGAAGAGUCCCGGAUUGAGGAAGGAGGAACACAAGUAGAUACGGAUACGUUGGCCAAAUUCUUCGGCAAUCUAAUGAAUAGAAAGCCAACAGCUGGCGGGGGUGUAAGCAAGACGUGA